AUGUUCAACGAGAGAAAGCUCACUGGCACGGGCCACGGCUUCGUGAAGGCGUACAGCAACAACUGGUUAUCGCAGCUUGGUGCCGUCUACAGGUACGAAUCACCGAAGGAUGUGUUGCGAAAACCGAAUCACCAACACAGGAAGAUCGCCCUCUACAGUAUCCUGGCGAUGGCGUUCGUCGCCUUUUUCACGCUGUUCAUGAUCGUGCACGAGGCAGACCGUCGAUCACGCCAACUGGUGAUCGAAUCGAGUUUUGGCAACGAAACAGCCAUCGAACCGAGUGCCGGUGGGUACAACACCGUCCUUACGACGCCACUUUCCGCUGGAAAUCCUGCGAACGGAUCCGGUGAAGCAGAUGAUCCGCACCGAUCCGACCCAAUUCCGGUGAAUCGUCCCCGGCGACUUCGAUUUUACGACGGCGAUGAGCAACGUGAAGCCGUUACCGUCGGUCAGGAUCGGUUGGUGUUGCUUCCAGCUCGCUUCCUGAGACCACCUUCAUCGGCUGUAGCUCCUCAGUGGGCUUCCGGUGAGGAUGAGAUUGCCUCGGCCCAACGCCGGGAUGCUUUUGUCUCCGAGCCGAAACCUUUCCAGCUGCAAACGCUUCCAUCGCACGGAUUACCGAACGUCGUGCCGGUUGGAUUCCGUCCAAUGCCCCGAGGAAACCGAUCCGCUAAAGCGCUUUCCACCGCCGAUUGGUCGUCGGCUAACGUGCAGGAGCUCAUCCGGCAGCUCACGAUGGCCAAACGCACGCAACAGCAGCAGGAACAACAGCAGCAGCUGUACUACAGUUACCCGUAUCUAGCGUCACCACAACCGGCCGAAUUUGGACAUCCGGUUCACCCGAACCACCGCAUCAAGUUCAGCGGCAUUUAUCGGCAUCCGCGGAAGAACGGUGACAUCACGACGUUGUUCGGUGCAGCCUCACAACGUCCACGUGAGGUCCGGCUGCAGGCACCCCAGCUCAUUAACCAACAGCUGCAACCGGACCGGUUGUACAACUUCAAACCACAGAAUCCGAGCGAGGUAAAUCUGUUGGCCACGGAGCAGUUCCGAUUCGCACCGCAAGCAGACGACGAGAUGCCGGAAGGUUGGCCUGUCCAGGGGAUGCCCUUCUCCGUGAUGCUCAACCUGGAACCAAUGCCCAUGGGUGGUGGAGUUCCAUCGAAGGGUACGCACCAACAGAACCAACGGAACCGGCAACGUCCUCGGUUCCCGUAUCGCACGAUCCCGCCCUACCGCGGACAGUGGACGGGAGAGCAGUCCUUCGCGCAGUUGACCCCGUAUCAGCAACGUUUGGCCGCACGGGCACCAUACCGACCAGGAAUCGGAUUCGGGCAGGCGGGAAGCGACGAGUACGAGGGUGAAAACUACUACCGCAAGGAAGGCCGGGUGUACCCGCAGCCGGUUCGAGUGCCCGCGUACUCUGCGCCCUUCAUUGGAUCCGGCUUUCAACCGGGCCGGUUGAUGGUGCACUUCAACAUCUACCCACGGCCAACGCUUUCGCUGGUGGCUGGACGAAAAUCUGGCACGACCGAAACUACGGAACCAGCGACCAUUACAACGACGACAACGACCACUUUGGCACCGAGUGGAUCGGGCGAAUCGAUCGAACUGAACGUGGGCGAGUUGUCGGGGAAGGAUCAACCGGCGAGCAUUCUGCGGCCACCCGAAUCCGUAACCCCCACGGUAGAGGUGCUCAAAUCGAUCGAGAUUCCAACGCGCAUUAACUUCGAUCACGUGCCGCUCGGACGCAAUCCGCCACCACCGGUACCGUCGUUCAGCAGGUGGACGAGUGACGAACGCACCGGGAGACUGUGGAACGUCGGACUAUCGUGA